UGAGACAGUGUGGGUCAGUCUACGAGGAAAAUAUAGUACAAGAACGGUCACACUGUAAGAAAUUUGUGACAAUGUCAACCUACUACUUUGUUAUUGUUGGCCACAAUGAUAAUCCCAUCUUUGAGAAGGAAUUCAGCACAGUAAACAAGGAGCUGCGGAAGGAGGACCACAGGCACCUGAGCCAGUUCAUAGCCCACGCCGCCCUGGAUCUGGUGGACGAGCACAAAUGGAAGACAGCCAACAUGCAACUGAAGUCCAUCGAUAGAUUCAACCAGUGGUUCGUCUCUGCCUUUAUCACCGCCAGCCAAAUCAGGUUCAUCAUCGUCCACGACAACAAAAACGACGAGGGCAUCAAGAACUUCUUUAACGAGAUGUACGAUACCUAUAUUAAGCACUCCAUGAACGCUUUUUACCGGAUCAAUACGCCUAUCAAGUCGCCCAUGUUUGAAAAGAAGUCGGAGAUCUUUGGGCGAAAGUAUCUGUUAUCCUAAAUCUGUUGCGAGUUCUUAGUAAAUAAGUGUAAAUAUUA